GUCCGACCGACCACCUCCUACUAUCGAACUGGGCAAUGGUCUGGACCCAACGUCACGGACGAUUACGAACGGUGGUACACGGAGGCCAAUGCAAGCAACAGAAUGGUUCUUGCACUCCGUUCAACAAUUCAUCAUGAAAUCGGAUGGGCUCUGGAUCGCCUACACAGGCUUUGCGAGAACGAACAGUUCAUGCUCAGGAGUAUACCUGGGCUUACCGACGCGCUGUUCGAAUGGCCAGAGUGGUUUGCCCUGGGUGGCUACAAAGAGGCAGAAGCUGUGAGUUUGUUUUCCUCGCCCCCUCUGGUCGACCGGAAACGGCGUCAUGCCCUUGAAUCCCUCCUUAUCAUUCGCAAUAUGGCCGCAAACGAACCGAAUGUCCAAGAUCUCGCUUCACACCCUCGAACAUUACCAUUAAUAACCAAUGCACUCCAAAAUCUCAACCCCGAGAAUGAGUCGAACGUGGAAUUUCUUCUGAACUCUAUGGAUCUUCUUCAAGCAGUCUUUCCUUGGAUGGUGCUGCCUUCACAAAGUACGAAACCCAGCUUUCUUGCACCACUGCAGGCUAUUGCAGCGCACUCGAUGAACAGAUCACUCAUCAUUGCCUCUAUGGUGUUAAUUGGAAUGAUGUUCUACAAUCAUCACGUUGUUCCAUACUUGGAUUCCAGUACUCUCGCUCUGGAUGCAGCUGUGCGAUACUUGCCUUUGUUCGCAGACAAACCACUGGUUGACGCUUGUGUGAACUAUUUGUAUGCACAUCUAUCACAACCAUCCUUGGCGAAGGCGUUCUUGCUUCACCCUUCUAUGCCUAGCACGCUCAGGAUACUUAUCAGCAUCGUACUUGCCGAGCAAUCGGAGGAAACCGUUUCUCUGGACGUUACGGGCCCUGUACGAACAGUUCCUGCGAGUAAAGGUGCAACAUCAAAUCAUGACCUUUCAAAGGAGGAAUUUGAUCGUCUGUUGACACUUCCUGAACCUAACCGGUGCUACGAAUGGAUGAAAACAAUGUUUAUCAGCGAUACUACAAGCGAACUUACCCAGGUAGACUUCUGGAACCUCUACCGAGAUGCAUUUGGACCAUCCGCCGAGCGCCACCCAAUGCUUGCGGCUUCAGAUGUGAUAAAGAACGUAAACCUCGUCUUCCCCCAAGCCCAGGCAAUGGUACUGCAAGGACCCCCUCAGCGGUUCGUAGUAAGAGGUGUCGCUCGCCGACAAGACACAUCAGACGUCCGCGGAUACAAAUGCUCAUGGAACCAAUCUCAGUGUGAGGAACAGCCCUUUGAAAACAUCGGAGAGCUCUACGAGCACCUCCUUAGCCACAUCGCCGAUAACGAAGAACCGACUAUGUCUUGCUCAUGGUCCUCUUGUUCUGCACCGCCUUUAUCCAGAGUCCAUCUUCGCUCGCAUGUCCUCACGCAUAUCCCAGCCAGCCAGCCAGCCGUCAAAGAUGCGUCUCAGGAUGAUACUGUUACACUCUCUUCCCCAGGCGAGGUAUAUCCCUUAGCGGAGCCAACGAAACGGCCUCCUCCACCUUUGCGAAAGACAUACAUCACUUACGCUCGCCCGAUUGUUGACCCUCCUUCGACGUCUCUUACUGCUUUACUGUGUGCGCGAGUAAUCUAUCGGGUAUCAUUCGUGUCAACCGACGAGGCGCCAAAAGCUGAUGCAGACCACUUUGGCUUCCCGGGCAUUGUGCCUGAAGACGAGGAGGAGGAGGAGCAAGACUUGUCUAUGAUCUGUGGGACUGACGGGGACGGGGAAAGAAGGGGAAGAAAGGCGAUCAUAAAUAUCAGAGGAAUGUUAGAAGGUGUUCGGAUACGAAACGAGAUCCUCAUGGGCUGGAUCAUCGAUAUGCUUGAAGCUGGGUCUUUUCACGACGUGCUGUAG